CAGUCGAGGCUAAGCGCGACAAGUGCUCAGUUAGCUAGCCCCCUCUAACGGCAACGACUGAGAAUAUUCGCAAUUGACGCAUUUAUAAAGCGGCUCCACCAACGUGACAUUUGUUCAAACAAUUUGUGAGGCGCUAAUAAUUCCACAAAAUGAGGCUGCUGUUGAAUAAGAAGAGCCUUGUAUGGCUAUCGAUCGUCGCUCUAAUGGUCACUGGUCUGACGCUUGGCCUUGUCUUCGGACUAAGAUCCAGGGAUACGCGCUAUAUUACGGGAGCUGUUGUCUCCAAUGGCAUCGGAUGCGCCGAGGUUGGUGGCAGCAUGUUGCAGGAGGGUGGCUCCGCCGUGGAUGCGGCAAUUGCGACGCUGCUCUGCGAGGGCAUUAUGCUGCCGCACUCGAUGGGCAUCGGCGGUGGCUUUGUGGCCACCAUUUACACACGGCGCACGCGUAAAGUGGAAACGGUUAUUGCCCGCGAAUCGGCUCCGGCUGCUGCCCACAAGGAGAUGUUUGUCGGUCAGAAGGAGGUAACUGGCGCACUGGCGGGCGGUGUGCCUGGCGAAAUACUCGGCUAUUGGGAGAUGCAUCAGAAAUAUGGCCGACUGCCGUGGAAGGAUCUGUUUCAGCCGUCCAUUAAGAUGGCCCGCGAGGGUCAUGUUGUGUCCCGCUAUCUGGCCGCUGCCAUCAGCUCCAAGAUAUCCCAAAUCAAAAGCGAUCCAGCGCUGGCCAAAAUGUUCCUGAACGAGAAGGGUGAGCCGUAUGUGGAACACGAUUAUAUGAAGCGUCCUGCUUUGGCCAAUACGCUCGAACGUAUUGCCAACAAUGGCGCCGGCGAGCUUUACGAUGGCGGCGAGACGGGCGUUAAGUUCAUUGAGGACAUUAGAAAAUUAGGCGGCAUCAUUACUUUAGAGGAUCUCAAAAAUUUCAAGUGCCGUUGGGAAAGUGAUGGCCACAUAUCGGCAAAUGUUACGGGCGGUUUCACAUUAUAUACAACACCAUUGCCAUCGAGCGGUCCGGUUCUGGCCUUUAUAUUGAACGUGAUGAGCGACCUGUAUUCGGAUAAUGAGGCCAUUUACUGGCAGCGUGUUAUUGAGAGCUUUAAGCAUGCGUACGGUCAGCGCUCGAAUUUGGGUGACUAUGAGAACGACCCAGAGUAUGGCGAGAGUAUAAAGAUGCAACUGGAGAAGCUACUUGGCACAGAUCUGGUCAAAACCGUGCGCUCCUUGAUAAAGGAUGACAAAACGUCGCAGGAUUAUAUGUACUAUGGCGCCAAUUUCACAGUGGAGCCCGAUCACGGCACGGCUCAUAUGAAUGUGUUGGCCAGCAAUGGCGACGCCAUAUCCAUAACCAGCACUAUAAACACCUACUUUGGCGCCAAAGUGGCAUCACCACAAACGGGCAUCAUAUUGAACGACGAGAUGGAUGACUUCUCAACGCCGGGAGUUAUAAACAGCUUUGGUGUGCCUUCCUCGCCUGCCAAUUACAUUUAUCCACACAAACGGCCCAUGUCCUCCAUGAAUCCAUCCAUUAUUGUCGAUGGCAAUGGCGAUGUGCGCAUGCUAGUCGGAGCUGCUGGCGGAACCAAAAUCACAACUAGUGUGGCAACGGUCAUCAUGAAAUAUCUUAUACGCCGCGAGCCUAUUUCGCUGGCUGUCAAUAAUGGUCGACUGCAUCAUCAGCUGAUACCAAUGCGCAUAGAUUACGAGGCCGAUGUGAAUUCUGAGGUCAUUGAAUAUCUGAAGGAAGCGGGACACACGAUGAGUGAUAAUCCUGGUGACGGGGGAUUUGCUGCAGUAACUGCAAUCGGGGCGCUACAUGAACCGGAACCGUUCUAUGAUCGUCGUCGUGUUGGUAGCGUUUUGACCAUCGAAAAAACAAAUAAGAUGAAUCAUUAAAUUGGUCGCCAAUGUGACUGUCAUCACGUUUCAUGGGCGAUUCGCCACUUUUAAUCUUUGAACUCUCAUUAUAGAAAUAUGUGUAUCCAC